GGAAGACUCUCAUUAAUCUCAGGAUUCUCAUUUUUAAUAAUAAUGUAAAAGUGCAAAGUUAGGAGUUAAUGUGCAAAGUUAGGAGGGGUCACCAAUUAAAUCAAUGUAAAUUAAAUCUUGGUGAACCAAAGAAGAACAUGGUGAGGCAGAUAUCAAGCAAAGGAAGAACAAAGACGGUGUUGAAACCAAUUGGUGUCGGUUUCAAGAUUGUCAGCGUGUUAGAUCUCUUUAAUCACCUGAAGUUAUGGUACACCGUCGCCACUUCACCAGCACUUGUACCAUGUCAACCACUGAUUAAGAUAUCAGAUACACGAGAAUCUUCGAAUCCUCUUGUCUGUACUAUCGAUACAAGUUUUUUUCUUCAGAACCCGACGUCUCAAAUUCAAGGAAAGUUUGCGAUAACCGAGGUGAAUCCCUUGUGUAAAUUUAUACGAAAACGUUUCAGUUUCGAGAGCCGAGUCUAUUUUAAAUUCGUCCCUUUUUAUUUUGGAGAGUCCUCAGGAUACAAAUCCUUUUUGUAUAAUUCACCGAGGGUCUUAGGGCUGAUAUAAGCUACCGUGUUUACCUAACCACCGGUUUGUAAAUACUAUUCAGUCGACGACAAAUUGAGUCGAGUGGGAAAAGUGUUUACCUGAAGGCUAGGUUUUGGUGUAAGGGCUACCGGGAUGACAGGGUUAGCGUGUUUUCUAGCAUUCGAAUCGGAAGAUCUUCGCUUCCAGGGGGUCUGUUUAAUUAUGCUGUACUUUAAACAAACGAGAGCUACUUUAUAAACACGCGCUCUAGAUUCCGACGGAGACAGACUCUUCAACGACUUGGCAUCGAAAUUGAAAGACUUAGAA